UCCACUUCCGGUAGCACCGGAAGCAAUUCCAAGAUGGCGUCCUCCUCGGUGAACGGACAAGCUAUCGCGGACGGGAAAAGUGAGUUUCGUAAGAAAAAGCCGAAGCCGGAGAACCGAGAUGAAUCAGAACUCCUCACUGUUCCUGAUGGUUGGAAGGAACCAGCUUUUUCCAAAGAAGACAAUCCCAGAGGACUCUUGGAGGAGAGUAGUUUUGCAACUUUGUUCCCCAAAUAUAGGGAAGCUUACUUGAAAGAGUGCUGGCCAUUGGUUCAGAAAGCCUUGAAUGAACAUCAUAUUAAUGCAACCCUGGACCUGAUCGAGGGCAGUAUGACGGUCUGUACAACAAAGAAGACUUUUGAUCCAUAUAUUAUCAUUAGAGCCAGAGACCUAAUAAAACUUUUAGCAAGGAGUGUUUCAUUUGAACAGGCAGUACGAAUUCUUCAGGAUGAUGUUGCAUGUGACAUCAUUAAAAUAGGUUCUUUAGUGAGAAAUAAAGAAAGAUUUGUAAAAAGAAGACAACGCCUCAUUGGUCCCAAAGGAUCUACAUUGAAGGCUUUGGAACUCUUAACAAACUGUUAUAUUAUGGUUCAGGGAAACACGGUUUCAGUCAUUGGACCUUUUAAUGGCUUAAAAGAGGUUCGAAAAGUAGUUCUAGAUACUAUGAAGAAUAUUCAUCCAAUUUAUAACAUUAAAACCUUAAUGAUCAAACGAGAGUUGGCAAAAGAUUCUGAAUUAAGAUCACAAAGUUGGGAAAGAUUUUUGCCACAGUUCAAGCACAAGAAUGUGAAUAAACGCAAGGAACCAAAGAAAAAAACUGUCAAGAAAGAGUACACACCAUUCCCACCACCACAACCAGAAAGUCAGAUUGAUAAAGAAUUGGCUAGUGGUGAAUAUUUUCUGAAGGCAAGUCAAAAGAAGCGACAGAAAAUGGAAGCUAUAAAGGCUAAACAAGCAGAAGCUCUUAGUAAGAGACAAGAGGAAAGAAACAAAGCUUUUAUUCCACCUAAAGAAAAACCAGUUGUGAAACCAAAGGAAGCUUCUACUGAAAAUAAAAUUGAUGUGGCCGCCAUCAAGGAAAAGGUUAAGAAAGCAAAGAAUAAGAAACUGGGAGCUCUUUCAGCUGAAGAAGUUAAGCUUAAAAUGGAAGCAGAUGAAAAAAAAAAGAAGAAAAAAAAGUAACAUUAAAAAGAAACCCUGGAUGAGAACUCUGUAAGCUAUCUCCUUUUGUAAAGGAUUUUGAGAUACUAGGGCAUUAGUAGCCUAUGUGUGAGAAGGAAUACUCUGAUCACAUUUUUCUGAGUUUGUGUCAUUCUUCAAAACAGUGUUUAUAUAAAUAUAAAUAUUCUUUAUAAAUAUAAA